AUGGAAACCUUCGGGUGCUUCAGUGGGCUAGCUAGAUCUGAAGAGAUAGGAUAUCCAUGGCAUCCUCCACUUGUUGACCCCUCGGGCGAUCCCGAUCCCGAUGCCAAUUUUUUUACACCCACUGCCAUUGAUGCCGCUGCCGAACGUGGUGACUUGGAAAUGCUCCAAUGGGCACACGAAAACGGCUGUCCAUGGAAUCAUUCCACAUGGCACAUGGGCACAUGUGACAAAGCUGCCAAGCGAGGUCAUCUGGCAGUUUUGAAAUAUGCGCAUGAAAAUGGCAAGAAAAUGACCACACUGCCAAUCUUUCUCGCUGUUCAAAAUGGGCAUCAGGGCAUUGUGGAGCACGCACACGAAAAAGGUCUUUUGGAAUGGCGUGGAAAUAAUGAUGUUUUCACAGUGAUGAUGUGCACGGAAGCUGCUGAAGGUGGUCAUUUGGGCAUUCUACAAUUGUUGCGACUGAAUGGCAUCCCUUGGAACGCAGCAACCUGCUGGAAAGCUGCUAAGGAAGGCCACCUCCAUGUUGUGAUAUGGGCACACGAGAAUGGCUGUCCCUGGAACGCAGCAACCUGCUGGGCAGCUGCAGAGGGCGGCCACCUUGAUGUUGUGAAAUGGGCUCAUGAGAAUGGAUGUCCCUGGAACGCAGCAACCUGCUGGAAAGCUGCUUUGGGGGGCCACCUCCAUGUUGUGAAAUGGGCUCACGAGAAUGGCUGUCCCUGGGAUGGAGACACAUGUGCUGCUGCUGCCAUGGGUGGGCACAUGAAGAUCCUCAAGUGGGCUCAUGAACAUGGAUGUCCUUGGAAUGAAAAGACAACCAGUAAUGCUGCUCCCAAUGGACAUCUCGAUGUGCUCAAGUACGCACAUAAAAAUGGCUGUCCCUGGAAUCAGACAACGUACCGAUGCGCUCUUAGCACUGGAGGCGACAUCAAGAAGUAUGUUGAGGACAACGGGUGUCCAAGAGGUGACUAA